AUGUUUUUAGCCAACCGGAAUUGGGAGGAUAUUGUACGUGAUUACGAGUCAAUGCAAAUAGUAUCUACUGAGACAGAAGAAUCACCAGAACAAGAUGCAUCUACGCAAAGUGUUGAUUCUUCUGUAGAACAAACAGUUUGCUCUUCUGAUGUUGUCAAUGAACAUGUUACAACUCAAGAGAAAAUGAAACUAAAAUCAGCCGACAACAAAGAACUGGCGAGUCCUGAUGAAACUUCCAUGCAAGAUACUGUAGACGUCAAACUGCUGGAUGAUUUAAUCAAUCAACUGACAAACCAAAAAUAUGAAAAAAUUCAGUCAAACUCAUUUGACAAGGAAUUUCUUAAAGCAGUUCCAAAUCUGCGCAUUUUGCCGCCUAAUGCUAACACUAUCGCAUUACAAACAACAAUCCGUGAUCGAAAAUCACCUCGUGAAGACUUUGUGUUCGAUUCUGAUCGUCUCAUUCGUCUUGUCAUAGAAGAAGGACUAAAUCACCUGCCUUCAAAACCCAAAACCAUUGAAACUCCACCUGGAGGCAUCUAUGAUGGCGUUGAGUUUCUCAAGUCAAAUUGCGGCGUUUCAAUUGUUCGCUCAGGCGAAGCUAUGGAAAAGGCUUUGCGUGACUGUUGUCGGGCCAUUCGCAUUGGCAAGAUUUUGAUUCAAUCAGAUGAAGACACUCAUCUUGCACGCGUAGUUUAUGCCAAACUACCAGAUAACAUUUCAUUACGAAAGGUACUCCUUCUCUAUCCAAUUAUGAGCACUGGCAAUACUGUAGUUAAGGCAAUCAAACUGCUAAAGAAAAACGGAGCAAAAGAAGAAAAUAUCAUUUUAAUGAAUUUGUUUGCAACUCCUCUUGCUAUUCGUGCAAUUGCAAGUCGCUUUUCUCGGCUUACUAUUCAAACCGCUGAAAUACAUCCCAUAGUGCCAUCACACUUUGGCAAAAAAUAUUUCGGAACAGAUUAA